UAUGGAUAUUCCUCCUGGAUUUGAUACUGAACAGAGUCAAGGAAAGGUGUGCAGAUUGAAGAAAGCUUUGUACGGAUUGAAGCAAUCUCCUAGAGCCUGGUUUGACAGAUUCUGCAAAGUAAUGAUCUCCUUUGGUUACCAACAAAGCAAUGCAGAUCACACUCUCUAUUAGACAUCAAAGCGCUAAACUCACUCUUCUCAUAGUUUAUGUUGAUGUCAUAGUAAUGGAAGAAGAUGACAAAGAGGAAUUAACCCGAUUGAAGAAUUUGUUGGCACAAGAAUUUGAGAUCAAGGAUCUAGGAAAACUACAGUACUUCUUGGGAAUUGAGGUUGCUAGAUCAAAAAGAGGAAUCUUCAUUUCUCAAAGAAAGUACGUUCUGGAUCUCUUGAAAGAAACCGGUAUGAUUGGUUGCAAACCAACAGAAUCACCCAUUGAGUGCAAUCACAAGCUACAAACAGGGGUUGGAGAGUCGAUUGAUAAGGAGAGAUAUCAGAGGCUAGUUGGAAGGCUUAUUUAUCUCUCUCACACUAGACCAGACAUAGCUUAUUCAGUGAGCUUAGUGAGUCAGUUUAUGCAUGAUCCCCGAGACUCUCAUAUGCAAGCUGUCUUCCAUAUUUUGUGGUAUUUGAAAUCUGCUCUGGGAAAGGCUUGCUUUUCUCCAAACAUGGUCACCUCCUGACAGAGGCCUAUACAGAUGCGGAUUGGGCUGAGUCUCUAGAUGAUAGAAAAUCUACAUCCGGUUACUGUACACUCGUAGGAGGGAACUUAGUCACUUGGAGAAGCAAGAAACAAAGUGUAGUUGCCAAAUCAAGUGCCGAAGCAGAAUUUAGAGCUAUGGUCCAGAGUGUUUGUGAACUUAUUUGGUUGCAAAAGUUAUUAGACGAGGGACUGUUUGAAAAAGGGGAAUUUUCCUUGUACUGCGACAACAAGGCUGUAAUCAAUAUAGCAAAUAAUCCUGUUCAACAUGACCGAACAAAGCAUGUUGAAAUUGAUAGACACUUCAUCAAAGAAAACGUUACAAGUGGUAUCCUGAGGUUGCUUCAUGAGUCGUCAGG